UCAACAAAAUUCGUCAUCAUGGGGAAAUCAUUUGCCAAUUUUAUGUGCAAGAAGUUCUUUCACCCAGCGUCCUAUGCAAAUAUUAAACGGGUAUGGAUGGCAGAACAGAGGACUGAUGCAGAAAAGAAAAAGCAAGAAGCCUUGAGAUCUGAAUAUGAAAGAGAACAAGACACUUAUAACAAUAGGCAGCUAAUGGGUGAUGUACGGGUGAAGCAUGGCCUGAAUUUCAUGUACGAACCGCCCAAGGGCAUGAAGCAGGAAGAGAAGGAGGAUGGGGAUCAGGAGUACAAGUUUGAAUGGCAGCGUGGGGCUCCUAGAGAAGGCUACGCCAAGGACAUGGAAGUCACCGACCAACCCUUUGGUAUUGCUGUCCGCAACGUCAAGUGUAUCAGAUGCCACAAGUGGGGCCAUGUCAACACUGAUAGAGAGUGCCCAAAGUUUGACCAGACCAAGGACGAUGAGAUUGCUGGACCCAGCACCGACAAAUCUGACCUGAUGGAGGAUAUGAGAAGGGAUGGGCUGGCUCUGAAACAGAACGUCCUUGGAAGGAAAGUCAAUGAGGAUGCUAAAAAUCAGAAAUUUGUUGGCAGCAGUGACGAAGAGGAUGAUGAUGUGGAACCAGAAGAAGCUUUCCUCAAAUCACUCUCCAUGAAAGACAAAGUGAAACUACUUAAGAAGUUGGAGAAGAUGGAGAAGAAGCAGAAGCGUCUAAAUUCGAAGAGCUCUAAGAAGAAGAAGGACAUGAAGAAGAUAAAGAAAAGAAGAAAGACAUCGCACUCAUCGGAUGAUAGUGAUAGCCACUCAGAUGAACGAGGGAAGAAGGACAGAAGGAGGGAGAAGGAAAGACAGCAUGGUGGAAAAUCCAGGAAAGGACAUUAUGCUGAAUCGUCUUCGGAUGAUGAACAUUAUGAGAGAGAUAGAAAGGAGAAAGAACGUAAGCAUAGUGCAAGAUCAAGGAGAGGACAUCACUCUGAAACAUCAUCAGAUGAUGAAGUUGAUGACAGAGUCAGAAGGAACAAACAACGUAAGCAUAGUAGAAAAUCAGAAAAAGGACACCAUUCUGAAGCCUCUUCGGAUGAUGAUAGUCUUGAUGAACGUGGAAAGAGAGAUAGGAGAAGAAGAAAGGAACAAGGACACAAUGGAAAAUCGAGGAGAGGGCGGUAUGCCGACUCUGAUUCAGAGAGUGAUUCAGGAGAAGAGCGGAGCAAGAAAUCAAUCUCAAAGCAUCAUGGUGAAAGACGGACAAUCAAACGGGAGCUGGAGAGCGAUGGGGAGAGUAGGAAGAGAGAUAGGAAAGAUGAUCGGAGAGAGGAAAGGAAGAUGAAGAGAGAACCGAGAAGGGAUAGCGAGGAGAGAAGACAUAAGAAAAGUAACGGGAGGGAGGAGAGUGACGGACACAGAGAAAAGAAAAUCAAAGUCGAACGUUCUUAUUCGCCAAGCCGUGAUAGAUAUGAAAGGAAUGGAAAUGAUAAGCGGAUGAAGGAGGAUGACCAGAUGGAUAGAAGACAAAAGAACGAAAGAUCAGUCGGUCAAAACGAUGACAGACAUAGAGGAAGAGCUUCCAGGGACUAUGAAGAUGAUGUGAAUACUUACAAAGAAAGCAGAAGGGAUAGAGACAGGGAUGGAGGAAAGAGGGAUAGAGAAAGUAGAAGAGAGCACAGAGACGAGGAUAGGGGUCAUCAUCGCCAUGGUGACCGUGGUGGACGAUGAAGCAUCCCUGGCCUGAAAGAGAAUGGUAAGAUAUUCAAUCCAGUAUGUAGUGAUAAUCUUAGUUCUGUGAACUAAAUGUGGUUGCAAGACUAGCACACUUUGGAUGAUGGUCUGGUAAAGAAGUUGCUUGACUAGAGUAUGUUUCCUCAUUACCCCUCUCACUAUUUCUUUUGUUAUUUAUUGUUUGAAUUAUACAAUAUUUCAAUUUUUACGAAUUUGACGAUUAGGACC